UGAGGUCUGCAUUGCAUGUCUAUCUGUCCCUCUUCUGUCCAGGAGCUCUAUGCAGCUGGAGAGAAUCGCCUCGGAACAGAUGAGUCCAAGUUCAAUGCAGUUCUAUGCUCCCGGAGCCGGGCCCACCUGGUGGCAGUUUUCAACGAGUAUCAGCGAAUGACAGGCCGUGACAUUGAGAAGAGCAUCUGCCGGGAGAUGUCUGGGGACCUGGAGCAGGGCAUGCUGGCCGUGGUGAAAUGUCUUAAGAAUACCCCAGCCUUCUUUGCUGAAAGGCUCAACAGGGCCAUGAGGGGAGCAGGAACCAAGGACCGGACCCUGAUCCGCAUCAUGGUGUCUCGCAGCGAGAUCGACCUCCUGGACAUCAGAGCAGAGUAUAAGCGGCUGUACGGCAAGUCCCUGUACCACGACAUCACGGGAGACACUUCCGGGGACUACCGGAAGAUUCUGCUGAAGAUCUGCGGUGGCAACGACUGAGCAGUGACUGGUGGGUCACUUCUGUCCACCCGCUGGCAACAGCGAUGCCAGGAAAAGGCCAAAAGAAUGUUUGUCUGUUUCUAACAAAUCCACAAAAAACCCCUUGGUGUCCCAGCGCGGACCAUCCGUAGAACCCUGGCCCCAU